UAUGAAUCAGAUACCUAGUUGAAUUCUAUAAAUAGAACUCCUUUUAAAACCCUUGUGGUGGAGAAAACAUAGAAGGAGAAAUACAAUUACACCUUUGGGCAAUAGGAUUCCAGUAACUUACUCCGCAGUCAAUGGAAGAAUACACUUACUACUCAGAAGUUCGCAGUCCGCAGUCAAUGGAAGAAUGCCUUGAUUUGGUCGUCAAUUCAGCGGGCGCUGGGUUCACGGUGGGCGUAAUCGCCGGAUCCCCCUACCACUUCUUCAAGUCCCUUUGCAUCUCUCCAACCCAUAUCGCUACAGCUUGCAACGCCGUUCGCCUCAAUGCACCCCGCGUCGGGGGCAAGGUUGCCGCCUGGUCUGCCCUCUGCAAGGCCUCCAAAAACGCCUUGGUUUCUGUUCGUCAGAAGGACGACGGCUGGAACCGCAUAUUUUCCAGGGCCAUCGGCACCGGGCUGCUCUCCGUGUCCCGCCGCAGUCUCAGAGCCUCCGCACGCUUCACCAUGUGUGGUGCUCUCUUCGGCACAGUAGUAGAGAGUGGAAGGACGAAGAAUCUUUCAAGAAGAAAUUGAGGGCCUUCAAAGAAGCUUGUGAUGCCGAUAAAGAAACAAUAUGCAUGGUAAUGAAGAAAGCUUGUAAAGUGUGUGGUAAAAUGGGUAAUAUGCCUCUGGCUGCUAAGCGUUUUCGCUUUGCUUGUCAGAUCUUGGAAAGAGGUUAUUGUGAUUAGAGACAUGGGUAUAGCUGUCUGAGGUUAGGGGUGUUUGCAUUUUGAUUGAUUUGUUAACUAGCGGUGGUUGUUUGUCGUAUAAGCUGUUGGUUGGUAUUGUGCUGAUUCAACAAAAGGUGAGUAAGUUCAGAUCACUAUUUCCGAAGUAUGAUUUCAAAAUUGCUGAUUCAUGAACAGUAGUUAAGUGUGUGGUAGAAGUUGUAUGUGUUACCUAUUAAUCUGUUAGGACUGGUAUGAAGCUUAACAAAUGUAUAGUAACUAGUAAGUUUCAUAUGUAGAGCUAAAGAUGCAUAUGCAGAGUGUUGUUUGAGUAAGAGUUGGAUUGUCCGUUGAA